AUGGCCCAGGCUGAGAGUUUGAAUCCCAGCGGCGGUUCUGAUGAUUGGCCACAGUGUCUGCCCCCAUCCUUUUCCAAUUACCAUGAUCAAAGUUAUACCGCCAGUUCUCGUGCUGACAACCAGCCGUUGUCAUCUUUUUAUAAUUACCCCCUGUUUGCAAAUAACAACUUCAUCACUACUAGUAUGCAACCUGCGGCAGAAGGCCGUCACCCUUCCAUCACUGUCAGGUCUGGCGACGGAUCACCAGCGCCAUUUUCCUCCCACCCAUCUCUUUUUUCCAACUCGUUCCAUCUGUACGAUGCUCACAGCGGCCCAUCCGAAAACAUCAAUACACCUUAUAUCGACUCUACGGCCUCAUAUGAUCCAUCCUUUGCUUCCUGCUUCAACAACUUGGAUGACCAUCAGCCACAUGAUAUCAUGGUGUGCAUCGACGGCAUGUCUACUUUACCUCCCGGAGCAGAUGACAUCCCAUCUCUAGGAGAACCGGUACCUUUUGAUGAGCCAUUUCGUCUCGAUGAGAUACUACGUCUCAGAGAGCUAGAGCCUCUCAAACCUCUGUUACCCGUCGGUGAACCUUCCUCUCUUCCGACCCAUCUGAAGUCCAGUAGGUCACGAGCUCGCCCCUCAAAAUCAUCGGAACUGCAAUUCCAUCCAUAUGCCGGUGUGUCUCAGUCGAAGCUGAGGUGUUUUGCUGCAAUCACCAAGGAUACUCCAGAUACUCGGGCUGAGCCUUCACAGUCUACACUACAGCCCAUUGGACCCUCGGUAUAUGACAACGAUAAUGAAACUCACCAAAGAAUAUUCAAGGACGUGCAAGAAACCCUCAUUAAGGACGCAGUGAAUAUCACUCCCUUCUUGUCCGAGUGGGAAAAAAAACAAGGCAUUCAGCAGGUGCUAAUCGAUGCUGCAUCCCACUAUGAUCCAACUCUCAAGAGCUUGUUUUGUACAGCGUCUGCAGCUGUGAAGUGCGCCCUGCAGGAGUGUUCGACAGGGCAGGAAUUCAAGUUUGGUGUCACAGAUUUCAAACCUGUGUAUGACUCAUUCAGUGAUUACAUAGAUACGCAGAUUGUCCUGUACCCAGAGCUGUUGGCUCGGUGGAAGGAGUACACUCUAUGUGUCUUGGCUACAUUGAGAGACAUAUCGUUACUUGGAUAG